UCAGUGUGAAUUUUUCUUCGUACUCCAACGACGUCGUAACGCGCAGCUGACUGUCCUCUACCACUAAAAGUAUCUGGCUCCAGUUGUAGAGAAAAAUUCUUAUUAGAAAACUAUUAAUUGUAGAGUUUGUGUGCCAACAAACGAUUUUGUGAGACUAAUUUGGAGGUGCAAAUAAAUUGAGGGCAAAAUGUCUAUAUCUGCAAAACAAGCUAACAGGGAACACGUCCUGGCUGUUUCCAGGGAUUUCAUCUCUCAGCCACGUUUAACCUACAAAACUGUUUCUGGUGUCAACGGUCCUUUGGUAAUUUUGGACGAAGUGAAAUUCCCCAAAUUUGCUGAAAUUGUACAAUUGCGCCUUGCUGAUGGCACAAUUCGCUCCGGGCAAGUGCUUGAGGUGAGCGGUUCCAAAGCCGUCGUACAAGUUUUCGAAGGUACUUCUGGUAUUGAUGCGAAAAACACAGUGUGCGAAUUCACUGGCGAUAUUUUGCGUACACCUGUAUCUGAGGAUAUGUUGGGUCGUGUGUUCAACGGCUCAGGCAAGCCCAUCGACAAAGGUCCCCCAAUUUUGGCAGAAGAUUUCUUGGAUAUCCAAGGUCAACCUAUCAAUCCCUGGUCACGUAUUUAUCCCGAAGAAAUGAUUCAAACCGGAAUUUCCGCUAUUGAUGUGAUGAAUUCCAUUGCCCGUGGUCAAAAGAUUCCAAUCUUCUCAGCUGCUGGUUUGCCACAUAACGAAAUUGCCGCUCAGAUCUGUCGUCAAGCUGGUUUAGUUAAGAUCCCCGGAAAAUCUGUUUUGGACGAUCAUGAAGAUAAUUUCGCCAUUGUGUUCGCUGCUAUGGGUGUGAAUAUGGAAACUGCUCGUUUCUUCAAACAGGAUUUCGAAGAGAACGGUUCUAUGGAGAAUGUGUGUCUGUUCUUAAAUUUGGCCAACGAUCCAACCAUUGAACGUAUUAUUACACCUCGUCUAGCCUUGACCGCUGCCGAAUUCUUGGCAUACCAGUGCGAAAAGCACGUGUUGGUCAUCCUUACGGAUAUGUCUUCAUAUGCUGAAGCUUUGCGUGAGGUGUCGGCUGCUCGUGAAGAAGUGCCCGGUCGUCGUGGUUUCCCCGGUUACAUGUACACUGAUUUAGCUACCAUUUAUGAACGUGCCGGUCGUGUUGAAGGUCGCAAUGGUUCCAUUACACAGAUUCCCAUUCUUACUAUGCCUAACGAUGAUAUCACCCAUCCAAUUCCUGAUUUGACUGGAUAUAUUACUGAAGGCCAAAUUUACGUUGAUCGUCAACUACACAACAGACAAAUCUAUCCACCAGUUAACGUGUUGCCAUCGUUGUCACGUUUGAUGAAAUCUGCCAUUGGUGAGGGCAUGACUCGCAAGGAUCACUCUGAUGUCUCCAAUCAGCUGUAUGCCUGCUACGCCAUCGGUAAGGAUGUACAAGCCAUGAAAGCUGUCGUUGGUGAGGAGGCGCUCACGCCUGAUGAUUUGCUGUACUUGGAAUUCUUGACCAAAUUCGAAAAGAACUUCAUUUCUCAGGGUAACUACGAAAACCGCACCGUCUUCGAAUCGUUGGAUAUUGGCUGGCAGUUGCUGCGUAUCUUCCCCAAGGAGAUGCUGAAGCGUAUUCCAGCUUCGAUUCUCGCGGAAUUCUAUCCCAGAGAUUCCCGCCAUUAAAUUUAUUAUCAAAUAUGUUGCUUUUAAUUUUUUGUUUUUUUUUUUGUUUCAUGGGUUUACGUAUACGGUGCAGUUUUAAACGCAAAGCGCCAUCCACUUACACCCCCAUCAAAUAUACUAUUAAUUAUCAGAUCAUAUGAAAAACAUCGAUAGUAAGUUUAACUAUAAAAUGGGAAAAAUAGGAAAUAUGCUUCAAACUGCAACUGAAAGUGAAAAUCCAAAUGGAACUAAUUAAUUAUGGCCGAACGAAGAUAUUUAGCAAAAUAGGAGACAAUGAAUUGUAAUUGUGACGCGCUUGAUGAUUCACACGUCCGCUAUGUGUGGCGUUAAAAUGUUUUAUUACAACUACUUAAAUUAUAAAUGUGUUAGAUAAAUUGUAAACACUUUGUAAAAGUUAUUAAAACUAAAAUAUUUGCUAAAUUAAAUGUUAUGUAAAGCAUCAAUACCGAUAACACACCUUACAGCGUAAUAAGAAUGUAAAUAACUAAUUGUUUAGAAAAGGCGAAUCACUGUAAAAAACGCAGCAAAGAUGUGUUACUUCAUGUUUUAUUCGUUCAAUGUAAGAUCUUGUAAAUUAUAUCAGGUUUUUGUGUCUGCUAAUUAUA